GUGACGUCUACGCUGAAGAGGAAGUUUUGUAUCUUGAACGUGUGUAUUUGUUUACAGCUGAGAGCUCUCCAGCUGAAUCUUUCCCGGAAUAUUUCUAAUGACUAAUUAUCCCUGUUUUUGACUAAAUACCUAUCGAGCAAUACUCAAGUUGUGUCCGCGUAUGUGGCAAGUUUUAUGACGUGCUCUAACGGACGUAGCACCUGCUAAUAAGGACGUGCUAAAUUUAGCACUAUUAGCUUGCAGAUAUAUUAAGGUACCCUUGACUUAAGACCGUCAAGAAGCAUCGGCAGCGUAACUCUACCAUUCGCAACAAACUGGUUUUGCACAGCUGCGGCUGUGUAGGAAGCUGCAGUGAGACGUUCAUUCGUCAUCUCGCUGGCAGCGAAGCUAACAUGAGGGUGAAACAAAACACUGUGACCUGUCAGAGCCUGUCUCUGCAAAGACAAGGUAUGAAUGCAUAAUAGGUUGAAAGGCUGAGUUUACUUUGUGCAUCGGUUAGAAGUAUUUGAAGAGCAUUCAUAGCAGGUGACUUGUUAUAGCUGCUGUGACUCUGCUUGCACCCAUCCUCUUGGUCCCAGGGAGAUGAUGGUGACAGAAUGAACAAAGAGCCCAUGAAUUAUGGCACUGAGCGAAGUUUACUGGGAUCGCCACAUCCCGCUGCCAAAGCUUGGUCCAGUCCAAGCCAAGGUCACCGUCGCCGUGUUGGCGCUCCUGUGCUUCAUUAACAGUUAUGACGGAGAAUUUGUGUUUGAUGAUUCUGAAGCAAUUGUCAACAACAAGGACCUGAAGUCAGCAACACCUUUGAGCAACAUCUGGAGAAAUGACUUUUGGGGAAGUAAUCUGAGUAGCAACUCCAGCCACAAAUCCUACCGACCGCUCACUGUCCUCACAUUCAGGUUAAACUACCUCAUAGCAGGAGGCCUGCACCCUGUUGGCUUCCAUGUACUAAACAUCAUCCUCCAUGCUGUCAUAUCUGUCCUCAUGAUUGACGUGUUUGCUAUACUGAUCGGUGGACUGGACUAUGAUGAGAAGGGUUGGACAUUGAACCAUGCUCCAAAGACCUCUCUACUUGCUGCCAUCUUCUUUGCUGCACACCCAGUUCACACAGAAAGUGUGGCAGGCGUCGUGGGUCGAGCGGACCUUUUAUGCGCUCUAUUCUUUCAGCUAUCUUUUCUCACAUACUGCAAAGCUUUUAACAACGGGAGUGACAGAGAUGACAGGUUUUCUGUCCGGUGGGUUGUAGUCAGCCUCGUGCUGUGUGCUGCUGCAAUGCUUUGUAAAGAACAAGGCAUCACUGUCUUGGGUGUGAACACGGCCUUUGAUGUUCUCCUGAUCUGUAAUGUUAAUGUGUAUGAACUUGGCCACAGGCUGCUCUUCAGGAAGAAUCCUCCUGAUCUAGGGGAGAUUGUUCAGAUGGGUUUGCUGAAACGACUGGGUCUUAUGAGUCUUGGAGGACUUUUAAUGCUCUAUGCUCGCUGGAGGAUUAUGGGCACAGGACCACCGGCAUUCACAGAAGUAGACAACCCUGCUUCUUUUGAAGAAAAUGUAUUUACUAGAAUAGUGAACUAUAAUUACUACUACUCUCUCAAUGCCUGGCUGCUGCUGUGUCCCUGGUGGCUGUGUUUUGAUUGGUCCAUGGGCUGUGUGCCUCUCAUUAAGUCAGCCACUGAUUGGAGGGUGGUUUGGCUGCUGCUGCUCUGGUGUGUCCUGAUAGGCUUGAUAAGCCAAGCCUUAUGCUCGCCGGACAUCCAGAGGAGGAGGACGCUGACCUUGGGUCUGGUGCUGUUAGUGGUCCCUUUUCUGCCUGCAUGUAACAUUUUUUUUAGAGUUGGCUUUGUCGUUGCUGAGAGGGUGCUCUACCUGUCCUCAGCCGGAUACUGCCUACUGCUGGCCUACUCCCUCGGACACUGCUGCUACCGGUGGAUCAAAUACAAGAAAUUGACAUGCAUCAUGCUGCUUGCGCUGUUAUGUAUGUAUGUAGUCCGCUGUGCCCUCCGCAGUCACCAGUGGCGUUCAGAACAAAGCCUUUUCUCCAGUGCCCUGUCUGUCUGUCCACUCAAUGCCAAGGUGCAUUAUAAUGUUGGUAAAAACCUGGCUGACAGAGGAAACACUUCUGCUGCUGUUAAGUACUACAGAGAGGCUGUCAGACUACAUCCGAACUACGUCCAUGCAAUGAACAACCUUGGAAACAUCCUAAAGGAGAAGAAUGAACUCAUUGAGGCAGAGCAGCUCCUGUCUAAAGCUGUUGCCGUCCAACCUGACUUUGCUGCUGCAUGGAUGAACCUUGGUAUAGUUCAGAACAGUCUCAGGAAGUUUGAGGCAGCAGAGCAGAGUUACUGGAACGCCAUUCACUACCGGAAAAAAUAUCCAGACUGCUACUAUAACCUGGGCCGCCUGUAUGCUGAUCAGAACAGACAUGUGGAUGCCCUGAAUGCAUGGAGGAAUGCCACCAUGCUUAAACCUGAUCACAGCCUGGCCUGGAACAACAUGGUCAUUCUGCUGGACAACACUGGUAACCAGGACCAAGCAGAGCUUAUUGGUCGAGAGGCUCUGAAGCUCCUCCCCAAUGACCACACCAUCAUGUUUUCACUGGCGAAUGUCCUGGGGAAAUUACAAAAAUACAAGGAGUCUGAGAGCUUCUUUCUUCACGCCCUUCAGAUCAACCCAAAUGCUGCCAGUUGCCAUGGCAAUUUAGCUGUGUUGUAUCAUCGCUGGGGGAAGCUGGAGCUGGCCAAGAAGCACUAUGAGCUAUCUCUAAAGUUGGACCCUGAGGCUCCUGGGACCAGAGACAACUACAACAUGCUGCGACGCAAACUGGACCAGCUUAAACACAGCACGCCCUGAGGGAACCCAACAGGGACCCCUGCCUGCUAUAAAAUACAUUUUCCACCGUUCCAUUUUGCAUAAUUUCAUCUCACUUAUUCUUUCUUUGGAAAUUUUAAAAUAAAGACCACAAUCUGUGUAUCAA